AUGAACAAUCAUUGGCAAUAUGAAUCGUUUAACUCAACCGCCAGUAUAGACGACGAACAAGCCCGGCAAGGCUCCUAUUACUGGGGUUACCCUACGUGGUCGGCGAAUGUUCUCUGCGCAUCCAUUCCUUGGCUUGGAAUUGGAGGCACGACACUCCCAGCAUAUGCCUCAUCCUCAUCCUCGCCUUCUACCUUCUACCCUUCCCCUUCGUCCGCUACCGUCUACCCCUCUUCCUCCGCUACAACCGUGUCAGACACACAGCAGCAACUACCAGUCGGAGGGUCGUAUCCUAGCACUACUGUUGAGAGUGUGCAGCCCACAGAGUUGAAGCAUGGGGUGGAAACGGAUUAUAAUCGUCGUCGGUCUUCGAUAAGCUUGCAGGUGGAUGAGUUGAUAAGUGCUUUAAUGCCCUUGCCUCAGAAUGCUUCGUCUACCGGGGCUGAGGCUAGGACUAAUAUUGGCGUGGGUGAGAACCUUGAGAGGGGCGAGGCUAUCCCCGAGUCUCCGCGUCUUGCCUCGUUGAAUCUCAAUGAGAUUACCUGCAGUCAAGCAAUCUUCUACUUCGGUGUCCUAGCCGUCCAGUCGCUGCUCCUCCCCAGGUUCCAGUACAACAAGGACCAUGAUGGUAAGAAAUGGGCGUGCACUCUGAUCAUGUACGGACGUACGAUUGUACGGUCCUUUCUUUUCGAGACCCAGAUGGAGGCUAGGACUGAGAACAGUUUGCGCAAGCCGCAGUACACACAGUAUAUCCACGAGGGCAACUAUCGCCACGAGGUCGAGGUGGAGGGUGGUUCGUUUUUCGGGUUGCAGAAACAGUAUUCUGAUGCCUUGAGGUCGAAAAAUGCGGCAGCACAUAUGGCUUUGCAUGUGUUGCUCGUAUACGGGAACAGCGUCCUAUACAACUUUCCCGGGCCGUUUACUAUGAAAAUGUCCAGAGAAAGUCUGUUUGCACACGUCCCCAAGUUUCCGUCAAGGGCGCGCGGUGCCAGCUCUAGUCCUGAGUCUCCGGAUCGGCGCGUCAAAAGAGGGGGUAUAGACAAGAAGCAAAGAUUCAGGAGCCACCAAAAUAAGUUGUCGCCCCGAAAGAAUGCAAACUUGCUACCUCUCGCUGAGAGCAAGCUUCCUGAUCUUGAGAUCCGCCCUGGGGAGGAGAAGCGACGAUGGAAUAUCACUCCGGGUGAACUUCAGAAUCGGCUGAAAGACUUACCCACUCAGGAUGCACGACUCAAGAAAGCAUGCCGACUCUUGUCACUGCACCCCCCAGAAAUCCGCAUCACACGUCUUGACAACGACCUAGUUGAAACCGAAGGUGAAUACAGGACAUCCGCUCAUUUUAAAGGCGACCCAUUCCUCACUCGUGCCGGCGCCAUUGGCUCCACCAAGGGUCGGAGAGCGAGUAAAAUGGCGGCUAAGGAGUUUUGUGCGGCUGAAGUGGUGAGAUACCUGAUCAAGAUGGUCAACGAGGAUACCGAAUUGGAGGAGGAGGAAGCUGCGAAACGCGAGCAGCCCGAGCACUGGCAGAGGAAUACCCUCAGGAUGUAUGCGAGCCAGGGGUUUGUGGGAUGUUGAUGAGGAUAUGUGAUGUGUAUGUAUGCGCAUGCGCAUACAGGUGUUAGUCUGUUCAUAUAUGUGUUGGAGUGGUUAUUAUUGAAGCUUUUGGGGCUACAACGUGCUCUCGAUAGCUAUUGUGAACUAGAGUAUGUACUAUAGGAUAUUUACUGCUUUCAG